GACUUCAUCAAAAACAUGAUUACAGGCACAUCCCAGGCUGAUUGUGCUGUCCUGAUUGUUGCUGCUGGUGUUGGUGAAUUUGAAGCAGGUAUUUCCAAGAAUGGGCAGAUCUGUGAGCAUGCCCUUCUGGUCUACACUCUGGGUGUGAAACAACUAAUUGUUGCAGUUAACAAGAUGGAUUCCACUGAGCCACCCUACAGCCAGAAGAGAUAUGAGGAAACUGUUAAGGAAGUCAGCACCUACCUUAAGAAAAUUGGCUACAACCCCGAGACAGUAGCAUUUGUGCCGACUUCUGGAUGGAAUGGUGACAACAUGCUGGAGCCAAGUGCUAACAUGCCAUGGUUCAAGGGAUGGAUAGUCACCCAUAAAGAUGGCAAUGCCAGUGGAACCACACUGCUUGAGGCUCUGGAUUGCAUCCUGCCACCAACUCGCCCAACUGACAAGCCCCUGCAUUUGCCCCUCCAGGAUGUCUACAAAAUUGGUGGCAUUGGCACUGUCCCUGUGGGUCGAGUGGAGACUGGUGUUCUCAAACCUGGCAUGGUGGUCACCUUUGCUCCAGUCAACGUGACAACUGAAGUGAAGUCUGUUGAAAUGCACCAUGAAGCUUUGAGUGAAGCCCUUCUUGGGGACAAUGUGGGCUUCCAUGUCAAGAACGUGUCUGUCAAAGAUGUUCAUCGUGGCAAUGCGGCUGGUGACAAAAAUGACCCACCGAUGGAAGCAGCUGGCUUCACAGCUCAGGUGGUUAUCUUGAACCAUCCAGGCCAAAUUAGUGCUGGAUAUGCACCUGUGCUGGAUGGUCACACAGCUCACAUUGCUUGCAAGUUUGCUGAGCUGAAGGAGAAGAUUGAUCGUCAUUCUGGGAAGAAGCUGGAAGAUGGCCCCAAAUUCUUGGAAUCUGGUGAUGCUGUCAUUGUUGAUAUGGUUCCUGGCAAACCCAGGUGUGUUGAGAGCUUCUCUGACUAUCCUCCUCUGGGCCAUUUUGCUAGCAUUAAACCAAGCCUGGGCCCUUCAGAGCUCGAGGCCUGUGUCAUACCCACGCGUCAGGAAGCCGACCCUGGCAUGAACAGCACAAACAAGCACACUGCUGCCCUCUGCAGGGGUUUUCAGCCAUCCUCCAACCUGCAAGCCAAGACGACCUCUGGAACCCCACGUCUCCUGAAGGGGACCCUCCCUCACAUCUCCCUCUCUGGGAUGUCCUUCCUGGGCCGCUGGGCCUGGCAGAGUACUGCCUGGUCAGCCAGAAAGUCCAUGUGGUACCCGAGCUUCCUGGAUUGA